AUGACCAGACCAGAGUUAUAUAUCAAGGCCACCAAGAAUGCCCAAGACACAAUCGCGUACGGGACCAAAGUUGUCGGGGGUGUCACCAAAGGUCCCAAAGUCGAUACACACCUGGGCCUUCCACUCUUUGGGUCUAUGGAAAAGGCUGCCGAAGAGCUGAACCCCGAUGUUUCCGCUGUUUUUAUCCGUGGCUCUUUGGCUGCAGAUGCGAUUAUUGAAGCCAUAAAAGUCGAGAUUCCCCUCAUUGUCUCUGUAGCAGAGCACGUGCCCGUUCAUGAUAUGCUACGCGUUCAUGAGGUCUUGAGGACUCAGUCAAAGAGUCGACUCGUUGGGCCUAAUUGUCCUGGCAUCAUUGCCCCAGAGCAAUGUCGCGUUGGCAUCAUGCCUUAUAAACAGUACACGCGCGGCUGUGUUGGGAUCGUGUCCAAGUCAGGAACACUGAGUUAUGAAGCAGUUGGUGCAACAUCCAGGGCUGGGCUGGGCCAGUCUCUCGUAGUAGGCAUGGGAGGCGAUAUGAUACCCGGCACCUCGUUGGUGGACGCCUUGAAGCUCUUCUUCGAGCACGACGAAACAAAGGGAAUGCUCGUUAUCGGAGAGAUUGGAGGUGAGGCUGAACUCGAAGCGGCAGAACUUAUCGAGAGGUAUCGCAGAAAUACGCCAAAACCAAAGCCCAUUAUAGCAAUGGUUGCAGGUCAAACAGCACCCGAACACCGGAUCAUGGGCCAUGCUGGUGCCAUGCGUAGAGAUAGCGUGGAUCCAACCGCACAGGAGAAAGCCGCAGCUCUACAGAAUGCUGGAGCAGUCGUCGUUCCACACCCGGGUGUUAUGGGUAAUAUCAUGGAAAAACUACUGGCCAGCUAUGAGUCUGGUAAUUUCGAGUAUAUGGGGAAGCGCAAAGAGGCUGAGCCAAUCAACAUCGAAGCAAGGAUGAAGAGGAACCGCAUUGAUAUAUGGGGUAGGUAG